AUGGCGGCCCCACCCAAACCGCCGACCGAAACCGACGCACUGCUCGUCGUGCCGUCGUCCCCCAACAAUCCCAAUCCCAAUCCCAACCACAACAAUCCCAUCGACAGCAGUGACAACGACAGCGACGCGUCCGCCCCCGACGUCGUCGCCAGCGACGCCGUCGGCCGGCGCUACUUGGCGCUCACGCGCACGGCCUCUGCGCUCCGCUCGCCGUCGUCCAUCCUGCGGUCGCCCGCGCCCCGUGCCACGCGCUUCCACCCUCUGCGUCCGCCCACGCCGCUCGCGCGCCCCGCGGCCGUCCUCCGCACGCACUCGUUCCCCAGCGACCUCUACUCGGGCGCGCGCUUCUCGCGCUUUGAGAUUGAAGAAGCGCUACGCGCGCGCACGGGCGCGUCGCUCGUCGCGUGGCUCUACGCCGACCGCCGCCACGCCACGCGUGCGCGCGCGUACAACGCCGCGCAGCAACAGGACGAGGAGAAGCGCGCGAAAGCGCAGCAUCGCGAGUCGUUCAGCUACGACUUUUUCGAGAGCCGCGUGAACACGCAGCACGAUCAGGAGCAGAGCGAAGGCGCGAUCCGCUCGCUGAACAUUGCGCGGUGGGUCAUGACGUUCCUCGUGGGCCUCGGCACAGCGCUCGUCGCGUGCUUUGUCGAGUUUUGGACGUCGCUGCUGUCGACGCUGCGGACAGAGACGACAGCAGCGGUCGUUGCGUCCGAGCGCAGCGGGUCGCACGCGUUUGGCGCUGGGUACGCUGUGUACGUGGCGCUGAGCGUCGCGUUCGUGGCCGUCGCGAGCUAUUGCGUGGCGAUUCUGUGCCCCGUGGCCGGCGGCUCGGGCAUCUCGGAGAUCAAAGCGACGCUCAAUGGCAUUAAGAUCCACCGCGUCGUGCGGCUCAAGACGCUGUUCUGCAAGGCGUUUGGCAUUCUCUUUAGCGUCGCCGGUGGCCUCCCCAGCGGCAAAGAGGGCCCAAUGAUCCACAGCGGGGCCGUGAUUGGCGCUGGCUUGUCGCAGGGCAAGUCCUCGAGCUUUGGCGUGGACACGAGCUGGACCAAGUUCAAGGGCUUCCGCAACGACAAGGAGAAGCGCGACUUUAUCUCGUGCGGCGCCGCGGCCGGUGUGGCGGCCGCGUUUGGCGCACCGAUUGGCGGUGUGCUGUUUGCGCUCGAAGAAGGCGCGUCGUUCUGGCACCAGAACCUCACGUGGCGCACGUUCUUCUGCGCAAUGGUCUCGGCCUUUGUGCUCAACUACUUUAUGUCGUUCCUCGAGGCGAGCGCGUCGGACGACGCAACGCCCGACGUGGGCCACGUGUUCAUUGGCGGCACGCUCGGGACGCAAACCGGCACGUUUACGUUUGGCCAGUUCAAGGGCAGCAAAGCUUACGAAGUGCUGGACGUGCCCGUGUUUAUCGUCAUGGGUAUGCUCGGGGGCCUCGUGGGCGCGGCGUUCAAUGGCGCGAACACGGUGCUGACCACGUGGCGCAAGCGCUACGUGACGCACCGGUACCUGCGCUUUGGCGAAGCGCUGCUGAUUGCGUUUUGCAUGGCGACGGCGUCGUUCUGGCUGUCGUACGGCUUUGGCACGUGCAAAGCGCUCGCGGGCGACUACAGCGACUCGCUCGUGCAGUUCUACUGCCCCGAAGGCCAGUUUAACGACCUCGCCUCGCUCUUUACCGUGAACUACGCCACGAGCAUGAAGCAGCUGCUGCACUUUACCGGCGACGAGAGCUUCACGCCGUUCUCGCUGUGCAUGUUCUUUGUCGUGUUUUACGCGUUCGCGUGCUGGACCUAUGGCAUUGCUGUGCCGUCGGGGCUGUUUGUGCCGAGUUUGCUCGCGGGCGCAGCCUACGGCCGCAUGUGUGUGAUGUUUGUGCACUACGUGGGCUUCCCCGUGGGCGCGCAGGACGGGAUGUUUGCGCUCAUUGGGGCCGCCUGUAUGCUCGGUGGCAUGGCCCGCAUGACCAUUUCACUCACGGUCAUCAUCCUCGAGUGCACGGGUGUGAUUGAGUGGGGACUGCCGAUUAUGGUGUCGCUCAUGGCUGCUCGCUGGGUCGGCAACAGCUUUAACGAGGGGCUCUACGACAUCCACAUCCACCUGAACCACUUGCCGUUCCUCGAGUUUGACCCGCCGUACUACGCGCGUUUCCUGCGCGCGCUCAACAUUAUGAGUUCGCCGCCGACGUGCGUCCCGCAGAUUGCCAAAGUCGGCGAGAUCUACGACGUGCUCAAGAAUUGUACCCACGGUGGGUUCCCCGUCGUCGUGCCCCGCAGUCAGGACGCAGCGGGGGACGGCAAGCGCCCGGAGUUUGGCAGUCGACGCAGGUCGCCUCGUUUCUCGGGCAUUAUCAAUCGCCAUCACAUGGCUGUGCUGCUGCAGCGCAAGGACUUUUUCGUCGAGAAACCCGAGCCGUACGUUCGGACACCGGCGGGGGACACGACGCUGCUGUACAAUGACCAGUAUGCGCUGUCGUAUCGGGACAUGGAGGGCAGUUACCCGCGGUACCCGUCGGUUCAUGAUAUUCAGCUGGACGAAGAGGAGCGGGACCUGUGGAUGGACCUCACGCCGUACAUGAACCCCACGCCGCACACGGUGCAGGAGCAGACGCCCGUGCCGCGUGCCUUUCGUCUGUUCCGGUCCUUGGGCUUGCGCCACCUCAUUGUGCUCAACCGACGCAAUGAAGUGCGUGGUGUGAUCACACGCAAGGACUUGACGCCAGCACACCUCAAGUUUUGUCUCGAGGCACUGAGCGAAGAAGAGAAGAUGCGGAUUCAGGGCUAUUUCCACCGCGAUCGAGCAGGGUCGGAGCGAUUCGAGGACGUUGAGAAGAAGCUGAUCCGCAUCAACGACAACUCGUAA